UCUCAUUUUCUCAGAGAGAGAGAGAGUAGUAAGUAGCUUGCUACAUGGGAAGCUUAGCCCAUCUAUAAAAGAAACCUCAUAUACUGCCAUCAACAGGAGGACCAUAUCCCACACGUAUGAUCUGUACCGUCUCCUCCUCUCCUCCCUCUCUUGCUCAGAGCUAACUAAGAUCGAGAGGCUUCCAGGAAGCUAGCUAGCCCGGCCGGCCGGGCACAAGUAUAUAUACUACCAAAGCUGAUUGAUCGAUCGGUCGAUCGAUUGAUCAAAUCACAUCCGCUCUGCUGCCAGUAGAAUCUCAGCAAGACACAGGUAGCUAGCUCUACAUCUAUCCCCAGAGAGCACACUAGUAGACUUACUAGCAGUCUAGCACUGCAAAUCCCCAACAUAUUUAAUUGCUUCUCUACACAAUUGCUCCUCCCCUUCUUCUCAUAAUGGUAUAUAGCCCAAUUAGUUUCGGUUCAUGGAGAAAGGUUUUGUGGUCACCAUUUGCUUCUUGCUCAGGUCGUUCCGAUCAACUGAUUCCCUCAUCUCAGCGUGGGUCGACUGCCGUCGCCCGUCGUUGACUGUGUGUGCUAGUUAGCUAGCUAGCUCCCUGAUCGAGGAGUGCCUAUAGUCCCCGGGGAAUAAUUGGGUCUUUCAAGCUGAAGCUGUGCUCGAUUGAUCUCCAACUCUCCAUCGCCUCCACUGUUGUUUCAAGCCCUUGCCGUCAGUCAUCCAACCAUCUGCCUCGAUUUCACAGCUAACUAGCUACCCGUCCCAGAAUCCCUGCACCAGUCGUCGUUGGCAUCGAUCCGUUUCUUCCACCAGCAAUCCCAGCCGGCGGCGGCGCGAUCGAGGACGGAUGGACAUCUUCGGCUGGGCAGGCGCCGGAAGCCAGCACGAGGACGUGUACCUGCAGCCGCGUCCCUCAGGUCAGCUCAUGAGCUCAUCAUGCGGCCGGUUCGACAUGGACGACGCCUUCUUCGGCCAGCUCCAGUGCGUCGACGGCGUCGGUACUGGUGGUGCCGAAGGAGUGGCGACAGCGUGCCAGGUGAGCUCGAGCGGCUACGGUGCCGCGGCAGGCGACCCGAUGGGGUUCUUGAGCUCAGGGGCAGGCGGCGACGUGUUCGCGUCGGUCGAUGGCGCCGGCGCCGGCGCGCAUGACGGCCUGCUCGACUCGGCGGUCGCCUUCUCCAGGGUGCUCGCUUGCGGCGACCCCGGCGCCGGGGUCCCGAACGGCGCCAUGUUCUCCUCCGGCGGCCACAGCGGCACCACCACCGUCUGCAACAUCUCCUCCGGGGACUCCAACAACAACUACAGCGGCACCGGCCACGACAACAACGAGGUGGCGUCGCCGACGUCCACUAUACUAUCGCCCACGUCGCUUCUUCCCAACUCCAAGACGACGUGCCCGAAGCGGAAGCUACCCGACGUCGUCGGCUACCCGGCAACAACACUACUAACCCCGCCACAGCCACAGCCACUUCCACGGCCCGGCGGCGCAAAGCGGAGGGCGCUCACCACCACCACCAGCAUCAGCUUCGGCCACCACGACAUGACCAACGCCGCCGGUGGGUACGAGCCGGACGUGGAGGCCAUGGCGCAGGUGAAGGAGAUGAUCUACCGCGCGGCGGCCAUGCGCCCCGUGAGCCUCGUCACGGCGGAAGCCGGCGCCGCGGCGAGCGCCAAGCCCCGGCGCAAGAACGUCCGCAUCUCGAGCGACCCGCAGACGGUGGCGGCGAGGCUCCGGCGGGAGCGCGUGAGCGACCGCCUCCGCGUGCUGCAGAAGCUCGUGCCCGGCGGGAGCAAGAUGGACACGGCGUCCAUGCUGGACGAGGCCGCCAGCUACCUCAAGUUCCUCAGGUCGCAGGUCCAGGCGCUGGAAACCGGCAACGGCUCCAUGGCCACGGCUGGCACGGGCAGGUUACAGCAGAGUUAUUACAGCAGCAACAGCAACAACACUACUGGGUUUCUGGGAUUUGCGAGAAAUAACAACAUUUCUGCAUUUGGAAAUCCUAAUAAUGGGAAUGCGACGAAUAAUUCGCUCUUGCAGUGAUAAUGUCGUUUCUAGUUUUGAGUUAAUUGAUGGUCGUCUCUACACGUACAUGUUGCUGUUUUGUGUACUGUUUCAGGUCGUACGUUGCUUAAUUAGUACAGUAAGUAGCACAGUACAUAUAUCAAGAUUUAGUGGUAGUCGCGCAGUGUACUUGUGCAGAAUUAAUUUGGAUCGGCUGCAUCGCGGAAGCAAUUCAACUGCGUGCGGUGGGAGAGACCGUGGCAUGCAGCGCCAUCUGAUUGGAGAAAAAAGGAACCGAAAUAUAUAGUGUAUAGUUAUUCAA